UGUUUGGUUCAUUCAAGUCCUCAGUUUUCCCUCAGUGUUUGUUGGUUCUCGUUUAUAUUGGUUUAUAAUUAAUUCCUGUCUCCAGUAUCUCUCAGUGUUUAUCUGCGACAUUGUGAGCUUUCUUAUCCAGACUGUAACAAAGGGAACAGACCAGACUGUUCUGGGUCAUGGCAUGCCUCACCAACUACCUGGACGACGCGCUCCGUGCUUUCUACAUAAGCCCGAGCCCACUGAUAACGGAGAGCCAGAGCCUAACCUGUUAGGCCAGGUUUGAGAGGUGGCUACAGUGCCCACCACAAGGGAGAGAGCCACGGACAGUGUGAGUACGGAGUUGAGUUUUGCCCCCUGCAUCGUGGCUGAGGGUGAGCUGAAUAUGGAGCACCAAAAGGGCCAAAAUGAGGAGGUGGAUCUUAUAGACUGGGAAUUGGAACUGGAAAUUGAACUGCCCCCUCUCCUCUCUCCAUCGUCUCUGCUAGUCAAGUCCAGCCCUUCUUCAUCCUUGGUUUCCUCUUCUAGCUCUGAGGGGGCUUCUGAUCCUCCAGUGCCCACUCCUAGAAUGUGUCGUCCAGUGCCCGCUCCUAGAAUGUGUGCUCCAGUAGCCGCUCCUCCAAAAUGCCCACCCUCCCACCUGCACCUGCCUCCUCAACCUCAUCUGGCAGCCCCUCUGCUCACUCUAACCCCACCAUCUACGCAGUACGAGCCCCAUGGGACUCCACCGUGGCUGGAGUCUCCCUCGCCUCUGUCUCUAGCCUUUGAGGCCCGGACUCCACAUUGGCCCAUGGUCCCAAUGGCUCCACCUUGGCUCCUACUUCUGUACUGUCAUUAAGUUGGAGUCAUUAAGUUGGACUCAUUAAGUUGUAUUUUAUCCCUCCAUGUGUUCCAUGUCCCAUGUUAAUUAUUUCAUUCCUUGUCAUUUCAGUUCAGUUUUGUCGUGCCUACUAGUUCCAUACGUGUGUCUUCCUUCUGUUCUCCAUGUUGGAUUUAUUCCUGUUUAGAUUAAUAAAGACUAUUUCGAUUA